ACUACAUGAGCGCAGUUAAAUUCACGUAUCUCGAUAAGUAGCUAGAAUAAAAAUGGCGUCCACAUGGAAAACAUAUUUAAUGCUUGUGAAUUUUAUGGUCUUGUGUGUCCUAACCAACACCCACUCGAGACAGAUAACCACGGAGACUGUCGUGUUAAAUGUGACAGCGGUUAAUGUAAUUCAGACAAAAUACAGCGUACAGAUGAACUUGACUGUUGGUCUCCAGGACAAUGAAACAUUCAUCAAUGGAGCUCCUAUAAAACAUUCAGAAGUCACAAGGAUGAUAUGUCCUGUUCUGUUAUUGGAUGGUCAUAAUGUGAGCUCUGGGACAGCGGGUGGGAUGGUAAGCAGUGAGGUGAGGCUGAUGCUGAAUCGCUCGUAUGUUCAGAAUGAUGUUGGAGAUCAGGUUCAGCAACUCGUCCUGAGUCAGCAGAUAAUCCAGCUGGAGGAUCAAAAGGUCCAUCAGGCAGACAUCUCUGAGGUGGAAAUCCUGUGGAACCAGACCUCUGAAGAGAUCACACAGGUUAUCAGUGUUUACCCUUCAUCACUGAGCAAAAUCUCAGGAAUCCCGUUAGAGAAUGACAUUUUAGUAACUGAUACAUCUAUACAAGAUGAAGGUGAAGACCAAGUGCUUAACACCACCAGCCACUAUCUAUAUAAAAAUGCUGAGACUACCCAGGAAGAGAUCGCUGCUCCAGGGAAACUCCCAGAAACGCCCUUGCGGAUGGACCCAGAAACCCUGUACGAGUCCAGAGAGGAAGAGGAAAGGAAUUCUGAUUAUAUCCUGCCUAAGGUUCCUCUCAGAGAUUCCAUGACCUCUUAUAGCGUGGUGUGCCAGUGGAUCGAAGGGUUGAGGGAUAAACUGAGGCGCUUCUGGUCGGAUUCAGUCCCACUUUUCUUUUUAAUCAUGUGGGUGGUGGUGGUUGGUGUUGUAGGCUCUGCUGUGAUUAUUAAGACCCUGGAUCUUCUGUUCCCCUCCUGUGAAUACAGGGGAUUCUUUCAUCUGAAUCCAGAAACUCUAAUGCCAGAUGAUGAAAAACAGAGGCUAAUAGAUAAUGUGGAGAUAGAUGGAGAAACAACAGAAAAGCAAGUUUUGAUAGAGAAUUAAAUGUGAUGGAUAUGUUUUCAUCAGUUUGGUUAUGUGGCUUUAUUUGGUUACGGAUACCAAUGACUUUAGUGUAGCACUUUAAAAACAAAUUCUGCAACAUGACCUAAUCAAAGAUUUCUAUUUCCACAUGAUCAGAUGUUUGUUUUUCAUAUUAGCCGCACUGUGCUCAAAGGAAAAGAAAUGUGAAGGCAGACACAUUUAUUGUAAUAAGCACAGCAUCCAAAUUUCCACCUGAUUCUUUGUUAAAAACAUCUUGUCUUGGGACUUAUAUUUUCCAUUUUAGUAGAAAAGAAAGUGUUACUGACACCCAUGGGGUAUGACACAAACUUAAAUAAAAAAAAGGCUAGUAUGUGAAGCUAAAACCUCAAGAAAACUUGUUGCUGAUUUUGAGCUGUCUUUUUUCUUACUUUAUGUCUGUUUUUAUAAGUGGCCUGUAUGAAACUGCCUAUAUUGCUUAUUUAUAUUGAAUAGUAUAUGCAUUUUCAUUUCAGAAUUUUUGCAAGUGUUAAUGUUGCAUUAAGCAUGUAUUUAGGCAAUACAUUUCAAGUGUGACCUGCUUUUUUCUUGUACCUGAAUUGGAUGAUAUUGUUUUUAAUAGGGAUAGUUCACACAAAAAAUAAAUUACUCAAACAUAAAUUGUCCCAAUUCAGUAUAAAUUUAUUUGUUUUGAUGAGCACAAAGAUAUUUGGAAGAAUGCUUGUAACCAAACAGUACUUGGCCCCCAUUGACUAUCAAAGUAGAAAAAAUAAAAUGGUAGUCAAAGGUGCCUCAGAAAUUUUGUUCAUGAAUGUUUGUUUUACUAAAAUUCUUCAAAAUAUCUUUCGUGUUCAUCAGAACAAAUAAAUUAUAUAAAAAAAAUUCUAAUAUGGAAGUUAAGGGUGCCUCAGAAAUCACAGUUAACAUUUUUCUAAAUAUCUUUGUAUUCAACUGAACAAAGAAAUGUGUACAACAACUUGAGGGUAAGCAAUUCAUGACAGAUUUUUUUUAUUCAGUUCAAGCACUAAUGUAGGAUUAUUAUAAUUUGUAUAGAUUAUACAAAUUUGUUGGAUAUUUCCAUUUCAGUUGUAGUCCCAAGUUUCAUUGUAGCCCUGAAUGGCAGAACUGCUGCCAUUGGACUUUAUAAUAUUAUAUAAGUCUUUAGUCUGCAUUUCAGAAGCAUGUAAAUAUAAGGUUUGUUUUUCAUCACGGUUUGUUACAUCAGUACAUUCUGCACAAUAAAUGAGUGUCUCAUC